AUGCAGAAGAUGGCGCUGGUUGUCAGCUGCUGUCAAAACACACGAAGAAGAAGAAGGUCCCGCCCAUCACGACGCAUGAAAACGACGUCAUAAGUAAACAAGAGCAUGUCGUACAGACAGACCCAAACAAGAGAAAUGAACGGCCAAGCGGACGUUGAAGUCGACUACAAGCGGAAAUACAAAAAUCUCAAACGAAAAUUAAAAUUUCUGGUCUAUGAGCAGGAAUGCUUUCAGGAGGAACUGAGGAGAGCACAGAGAAAACUUCUCAAAGUUUCGAGGGACAAAAGCUUCCUCCUGGACAGACUGCUACAGUAUGAGAGGGUAGAUGAAGACUCCUCAGAUUCAGAUGCAACAGUUUCAUCAGACAACAGUGAAGGAGAAGGCCCCAGGGAGAGGGAAAGAGAGCGAGAAGUAGCAAAGAAACGAAGAAGUAGUCCUGGGGCGUGUCUUCCUUCAUCAUCCUCCCCUCAUCUCUCCCUGCUGUCCCGUCCUGGUGUAAAUCCCCUCCAGUCAUCAGGCUCUGGAGCCUACCUCAACGCUAUGCCCUUCCCGCCAGAGUAUUUGGCUCCCACAGCUGAACGUAUGAAGAAAGAGAAAAAAACAAAGACGCCUAAAAACAAGAAAGAGACUGCGGGGAAGGUUGUUGCCCCAAUGGCGGCUAAUUACCCAUCAGCCACCGCGGCCCCUCCUGCUGCUAGCGGCCCUUUCAGCUGGGUUCCCAGACAGAUGCUUAGUGGAGAUGCAGCGGAGGAGGAGGGAGACAGCGAUGGAGACAGCGACAGAGGGGAUGAGGACAGAGGGGAGGGAGACGAGGCUGAACUAGUCAUUGACAUCCCUAAUGAGUGAGCCUGAGACUGAGCCUGUGUGUUUACAUGUGUUUAUAAGCAGAAGGUGUAAAGAUUGUACAUGUGUGAGACAGAAUGUGACUGAAUAUGCAGACUCUCCUGUAAUCAGUCGCCCAUCUCAUUUUUUCAAAAGGGGAGCCAAGCGCCCCCCUGUGGACUUUAGCUUAACUGUAGUAUCACUGUAUAAAAUAUCCCAGAUAAAUAUGGCUCUCCAAUGUUAUGUUAAGAAUUAAAUCUGUGUGAGAAAUAUACAGCUUUGAAAUGUUUAAGAAAAACCACUGGGAUCUUUGGAUACUCAGCUUUUUACACAGCUUCAAGCUGCCUGCUGAUUAUCUUUUGUCUAAACAGUCUAGAAAUCUACAAACUGACUAAAUGCACAAAAUUAGUUGUGUAACCACCAUUAAAGCUGUUUUAGUGUGAUAUAGAUGUUAAGUCUUUUUUGUUUGUUACAGGCAGUUCUGACAACUGUCAUUUUUUGUACUAUGUUCAUAUAUUUUUUUUUUUAACAAAUUGUGAAAAAUCAAAGCUACUUCAUUUUUAAUGGAGGUAUAUUAUUUUUGCAUUUAUCGAAUUGUGUGUCGGAGAAUAAAAUGCAAACUGUUAUAAUUUCA